AUGAUAACGAUAACGAUAAUAACGAUAAUAAUGAUGAUAAUAAAAAUGAUGAUGAUAAUGAGAAUGAUAACCAUAACCAUAACCAUAACGAUAGUAAUAAUGAUGAUAAUAAUGAUGAUGAUAAGGAUAACAAUAACGAUAACGAUAAUGAUGAUGAUAAUGAUAAUGAUAACGAUAACGAUAAAAAUAAUGAUAAUAAUACUGAUGAUGAUAAUGAUAAUGAUAAUGAUAAUAAUAAUGAUGAUGAUAAGGAUAAUGAUAAUGAUAACGAUAACGAUAACGAUAACGAUAAUAAUAAUGAUAAUAAUAAUGCACUUAUCAAUUGAAACCCCGACCCCCCCCCACCCCGGGCCAAGGUGGGGAUUUGACUUGACAUCAUUACAAAUCUUAGCAAACUCCCACCCUACUGGGGCAUAUUGACUGGUAAAACCCCCACCCAGGUGGGGAAACCUUUUUAAUUCCCUGACUGACUUUAUUAAUAUUUCGUUCGAAUUUUCAACUUCUUAAUAUUGACAAAUUUACUACAGCAAAAAGGCAAAUAUGAUAACAGACCAAGAUAUAAAUACAACAAAUAUUUGACAAUAAGUAAACAUAAUGACCCCUACCCACUUAUAAAAAAGUCAGGGUACAAAAUGGAUGAUGGAGUAGCACAUUGCUAUAAAGUUAUAUUAAAAGGAAAUCCGUACCAUCUCCAUUGAAAGUAAUAUCUGCAAUGAUAAUUUUAAUUGAAAAUAGCAGCCAACAUACCUUAACCUUCACAAGCUGAUGUUAUAAAUAGACUGCAUAAAAUAGUUCCUAAUAGGAGCUAUAUUUUUUAUUUUGGCUUAAAGAAUGAGGAAAUAUAGAACUUCAGAAACCACAUGGGUUUAACACUAGACGUUAAACGAGCUGUGUCAUGAAAUUUACCAAAAUGUAGGCUGUGGGAACUGCCACCAAAUUGAGUGAAACAUAAAAAUAGCCGCUUAAGACAUUAAAAGAUGGUAUAAAUGACUCAGCAAAUACAAAAGAAGGUACAGAUGGGAAAACAUGAAGAAGAUUAAAACGGAUUGAAAUUUUGGUUUUUGAAAACUUGUUAACCUAACAGUUUUUCAAAGUUCAUUGUUUUUGUCUGUAACGCUUGAUAUGCUUGGGAGAAACAUCUGUUUAAAACGAAGCUUUGAUUUCUUCAUUUCUUUGCUAACGUAACGCUCAAAAGCGAAUAGGGACCACGUAACUGGCAAUAUUAACAAAAUGAACCAGAUAGCCGUGACACAGCACCUUUUAUAAUAAGUAGAGGAGUUUGUAUCUGCAUUGUUUGAGAAGUUUUGAAUAACAAUAACAAUUUCCAGUCAACGAACCAUGAAAGCUCAAGGCAAAAUCGCAAAGGAUUAGUGUCAGUGAAGAAAUGAAAGGAAAAACAAUUAGGAAACUUACGGCCGAGCAAUACAUCAAAAUACCAGUGAUCACGUGAAGAAAUUACCGUGAGGAAACUAGGCACGAGUCAAAUCCCCACCUCGCUCCCCAACUUCCAUGGACUUCCAUGAAUAUGCUAAGCAAAUCCUGAGAAAUCCCCCACCCCCACGGGCUAACCAUGCCUUCAAAUACCAUAAAAAUCCCCCACAUUGCCCCACAUAGGCCCGGGGUGGGGGGGGUCGGGGUUUCAAUUGAUAAGUGCAUAAUGAUGAUGAUAAAAAUAACGAUAACGAUAAUAAUAAUGAUGAUGAUAAUGAUGAUGAUAACGAUAACGAUAAUAAUAACGAUAAUAAUAAUGAUGAUGAUAAUGAUACAAACAUUAAUCACAAAGGAUUCCAAAGGACCGCAAACGAAUAUGGCGAAGAACGUAGGAUCUACAAAGACCAGAUCAGCAAAAAUGAAAAGUAGACAUAUUAAAUUCUGCAAGCAGAAUACUGCAAUGCUGAUCGUACUACUUAAGAAUUAACUCUGCAAGACAUCAACACGACACCGAAAGAACUCAAAACAGAGCGGGAUUUUAGCCAUAGACAGCUGUUUCGCCCUCUUUGAGGCUCUUCAGUAUGGCGUAACGACCAGAAAAAGCUCUGGUGAAAAAUAUCCGCGCACUCUGAUUUAAGCUCUGACCUAGAACUCUCAACACCCACAGAAUCACGCCAUACCACGUGUCUUCUGGGGGGCAAGAGUCCAAGUGUCAAGUUGAUGUCUCGCAGAGAAAAUAAAGAGUUGGCUAAAACCAACCUCUAAAACAUGGACAAAACCAUGCAAGAUAUCCGGCAUAUCGGAUCUAUAAAAGAUCUAUGGCGCCAGAAUACAUAAAGGACAAACAUUAACCACAAAGGACUGCAAAGGACCUCAAACGAAUAUACCGGAGAACGUAGGAUCUAUAAAGACCUGAUAAGCAAAAAUGAAAAGUAGACAUAUUAAAUUCUGCAAGCAGAAUACUGCCUAUGCACUCUCUUGUGCGCCAGUUGAACGAAGUAUGGUACUUUAGAACAUAACUACUCACUUCUGCAAUUGUAUGAAGCGUUGAUUUCGACUGCGUCUCUGGUACUUAGAAGGUUAUUCGGAGUUCCAAAUUCCAUGUUCUCGUAUCCAAUGGCUACAAUAGUGGGUUUGCCGUUUAUCAUAAUGCAUGAUGGACUGAUAAUCGUAGGACACGCCCAAAUUAUCAAUAGUCCUCCACGAAUAUUUGUCAAACUGGUCUUUAUACCCCUAAAAUAAAACAAAAUUAGGUCAUGGCCUGUGUGUUAAGAAAGUAAUUAAGUCUGAGUUUCGCGCAUACUGAUUGCCGCCACUUUUAAAGCGAAACCAUUUUGUUAGCCUCCUUCGUGACGAGGCCCUGAGAAGGUUUGCGGAAGGGAGCUACGAUCUUGUGGAACGACAAUUAUAACACAGCUUUCGGAGUUUAUUAGGGUACAAGGUCAAGCUAAAAGCAUUUUGGGGAGUUAUCAGGUAAGCAGCGGGAUUUUUGUGGUUGUUUUUGCCCAGGUUCCCGAGGGCCGUGAGCAAAACAAUAACACAAACGCAAUAGCAGUAGGGUAGGAGGACUGGCAGUCAGAUGACAUGCAACGUGAUAGGAAAGUAGAGUGGCGGAUUGGCUAAAGCACUUACCCUCUGGCUACCGGACAACUAUCUGCAAUAGUUUUCGGGGUGAAUUUAAUAAAACGUUUACAAGUGUAAUUUACAAGUGUGCAUGUAACCAUUGUUUUAGAGUCUGAAAACAAUAGCUUCACUUGUAAACUACGCUUGUAAAAGCUUUAAAAAAAUUAACCCCUGGCCUCUGUUGAUCAAAUGGUGGAUAACGUUAUCCACUGGACUCGAUUUUUCGUAUCUCCCCUAGCUACUUUUCAAUUAUUGGACGAGACAGGAUAAAUACUGUAGUAAUAAUUAGUGUGCAAGAGGUCGAGGUAAAGUGAUGUUUUUUGCGCCACCGCGGUCGUGGUUGCGAAAGGCCUGUUUGAAAAGUUGUGAUGUCACAGUGGCUUGGGUAUCCCCGUGUUUUGGGUAUCGUACCCUCGCGGGGGAGGGUUACUUAAUAACUGUUUAUACAUAAACGGGGAGGCUCCGCCCCGAAGUCCAACCCCUUACCCUUUAAUAUAUAAUUUGUCUCGAAAAAGGUACCCCUUUAGUAUACCUUCUAUUGACAAAUGGUACCCCUUUCACAUACCUUGUUUAGAAUUUUGCAUCCACUUUUAACUGCUGUAAAUGCAUUGUCUUUUAAAUUGAAUCAAUCACAAAAAUAGAACGUUUUCUCGAAUUUAUAAAGCCAUAAAAUUCAUCUGUUAGCCCUUUUGGGCCCUUUCAGAUCUUUCACAGACCCAAAUGACAGAUUUCAUUAUCCCAGUUUAUACAUCAAAGAGUAAAAUCCCUAGAUUUUAUAUACCUGAGGCCUGAAAAAUGUACCCCUUUCGGGCGGAGCCUCCCAGUAUAGGCCAUCAUAGGGAGUACCCCCUGGGAUCCUACUCAAAUCUCUAUUGACAUGAAAUUCCCCGGUAAGGAAACCCCAAACACUGAUCAUUCCUCUGAAAACAAAUCGGGCCACUAUUUUUUCAGUCGUCACUGUGGCGGAUCCAGAGAAGGGGCCGGUGCCCCCCCUUAUUCUCAGACCAAACUGAGGCCCUGAAAGGCUGAUUUUUUUUUGAGACCACCCUUCCCCUCUUAUCUAAGGGUCUGGAUGACCCCUCCCCCCCGCCCUUAUCUCAAGAUCUGGAUCCGGCACUGCAUCAUCGUGAUAAGCUAAAAUACUUUACGACUCUGUUACCUCCUUAAUGAUCAUGAUAACGAUAACGAUAAUAACGAUAAUAAUGAUGAUAAUAAAAAUGAUGAUGAUAAUGAGAAUGAUAACCAUAACCAUAACCAUAACGAUAGUAAUAAUGAUGAUAAUAAUGAUGAUGAUAAGGAUAACAAUAACGAUAACGAUAAUGAUGAUGAUAAUGAUAAUGAUAACGAUAACGAUAAAAAUAAUGAUAAUAAUACUGAUGAUGAUAACGAUAACGAUAAUAAUGAUAAUAAUAAUGAUCAUGAUAAUGAUAAUGAUGAUGAUAACGAUAACGAUAACAAUAACGAUAAAAAUAAUGAUAAUAAUAAUGAUCAUGAUAAUGAUAACGAUAACGAUAAUAAUAAUGAUAAUAAUAAUGAUGAUGAUAAU